AUGGCUCCUAAAAAGUUCAACUAUUUCUCAUUGUUUUUCGUGACCUUGGUUGCUCUUCUUAUUGCCCAGAGUACAACUAUAGAAGCAAGAAAAUUCAUUGGUGUCAACCGAUUUUGCACAACUGCCAGCCACAAGAAACUCUGCACAAAUAUGGUGAAUGGUGCUACAAACAUGCAUGAUGCUACACAAAAUGCCAUUCUGGCAACCCUUGGUCUUGCUAAAAGAAUUCAAUCCAUGUCUCAUUUGAUCGAACCGGCUAUUGCAAGUUUGGAACCAGUAAGCCAGGUAUCGAUUCGGAGUACUUGCAAGGACAGUUUUGAAAGCACCAUCGAUGAUCUCGAGACAAGCCUGCAAGCCCUAAAAGACAAUGAUCAAGGCACGUUGUUGACACGUUUGAGCGCAUCGGCCAGCUCCGAUUGCGAUGAUGCACUUCAAGAAUUUAGUGUUGAUAACCCAUUGAGCAAAGUCACUGGGCAUUUGGCCAAAGAAGUAGACAAUUGCUUGGCUGUGGUGCAGCAAAUCUGA